AUGACAGGAAGUGCUACUUCCUCCACUCUGUGGAUGGGAGAUCUGGAGCCAUACAUGGAUGAUGGGUUUAUCAGUCAAGCUUUCAAUUAUUAUGGAGAAACUGUAGUCAAUGUGAAGAUCAUUAGAAAUAAACAGACAGGAGUUCCUGCUGGCUAUUGUUUUGUUGAGUUGUCUACCCCAGAAAUGGCACACCGAGCUAUGCUUCGACUGAAUGGUAAAAUUAUACCCAAUAGUGUUCCUCACAAGAGAUUCAAAUUGAACCGUGCCAGUUAUGGAAAAGAGCAUUUAUCAAAGCCAGAGUAUUCUUUAUUUGUUGGGGAUUUAUCUGAUGAUGUGGAUGACUAUGAUCUCUACAGUGCUUUCUCCAAACGCUUCCGAUCGUGUAGUGCAGCUAAAGUGGUACUUGAUAACUUUGGACGAAGCAAAGGAUAUGGCUUUGUGCGUUUUACAGAUGAAGGGGAACAUCAGCGUGCAAUGUUUGAUAUGCAACAUGUUUCUAUUGGCAGAAAACCCAUCCGUGUUAGCCUUGCCACUCCCAAAAGACCUCCCCCCCCUGAUGUUCCAGGGACUCAAAGUGCACAACAGUACAGUCAGUACUACCAACAGUACCAACAAUACCAGUACUACCAAAGCUGGUCAGCUUAUUCCCAGUAUUACAAUCAGUUCAGCUAUCCUUAUGGUGGAGGAUACACCACAGAUCAUUUUCAAGGUUAUUAUGAUCAAGGCACUGAAGAAGAAAUGGAAAUGUUAGAAGAUCCUGCUCUUGAGAUAGAUGUGGAGAAAGUGAAUAAGGAAUUCAUUGAACAAAGUGAGGAAGUGUUUGAAGCAAUUGAAGAUUCUCGAUGGCAACCAGUUGCUAAUGUGAUGACAACACUAACUCAAGCAGCUGCAGUCAUAGCUGCCUGA